AGCCCGAGUAGGAGCGCCUCAUUCGUCGGGCUGUGGUGAAGCGGGACUCUUGUGCCGAGGCUUCCAUCCUCAGGACAGGACCGGUCGCGAUGAAGCUGCAAUAUGUUUUGUACAUCGCGAUGUUCCUAUCGCGGCAAUACAUCUGCGUCCUCGGGAAGGAAGGAGAACUCGGCCUUGCCCACAUGACCGACGUUGUGUACACCUGCAGCAGCUACCUGUCGCGAAUCAUCACCAGGUUCUGCGACAACUUAAUCACGAUCGUCAAGAGGGACACCAGCUCUGUGUUGAUAGACAGGCUAUCGCCAAAGUCACUGCUCGAGUUGCGCGACAAAGAGCGCGUGCGUAAACAGGAGCGGUGGCGGCGUGUGCGCAGACAAAUCGCGAGCGAGUGCUGCGACCAGCCCUGCAACGUCGGCCUCAUCAUCAAAUACUGCCCGGAGGAGUCCAAACUGUUUAAGGAGAGGCCCGACAUCUUCCAAGAUUAAACACUUAUGCCCGUUUUUACCAUCAAUCCCCAAUGUUUAAAUGACCCCUAUGGUAACACAACAGGAUUUUUUUUUAAAGGAGUCACCAAAAAAUUAAGGAUUGAUAGUUCUAUAAUACAAAAAGUUUAACUCUUUAAAGUUGGACUCUAGUUUAAAAUGACUUUAAACCAGUGCUCAUCCCAGGUUUAACUUUUUUUGUAAAUAAGGCCGCUAAGGUCUAUUCACACAUAACAGUGAAGUCAGGCACAGUACCGGUAUAGUGUGAAAUAUUCUUUCCUACAUUCUUCUUCUUUUAUUUUGGCAACAAUUUGGUUUUGAGAACCAUGAUUUCGCCAAUGUCACGUAAACAGCUUUGACAAAGUUACAGGGUUUAUAAAUUUAAAGAUGACCCAGGCUGAACUGUCCCACCAAACUCAAUGACAGGGGAGCGCUACCAUCGU